AUGGAAGUGACUGGUGGGGUUGUCAGAGAUCGGCUUCAGAUGGGUGAGGUAGUCUCUACAAUUCCAAUGAUUGGGUUUAAUGUAGAGAGCAUACAAUACAACAAUAUCAAGUUUCAAGUAUGGGAUUUAGGUGGUCAGACAAGCAUUAGGCCAUAUUGGAGAUGCUAUUUCCCAAAUACACAAGCAAUAAUUUAUGUUGUUCAUUCAAGUGACACUGAUAGAAUUGGAAUAGCUAAGGAAGAAUUUCAUGCCAUUUUAGAGGUUUCGGACAAUGCAAAGGACCUUGUAAAGAAAUGCUUAAUCCUGGUCCAAAGCAGCAUCUUACAGUACAGGAAGUGCUUGGGCCCUGGUGCUGGAAUUAGCUCUGACUUACCUCCUGCAGUGCAAUUGCUUGAUAGUCGAUUAGAGACCGGACCUUCGGUUGAUCUUCACAGAUCCUACACGCAGGAGGCAUUACGCCUAAUUGCAAAUUAUAGAAGUUUAGCUAAGCAAAAAGGUCCAGUAGCUAAUGAUCUUUCUGCUGCUAAAGAUCCUAUGGUGUUCGUCACGGACUAUGAGCUUCCAUUAAGUGCAUUAUUUGGAGGUCCAUAUGUGUUGGAACUAAGAGAACAAAUUAAAGGAAUUUGA